CGCCGGGCCGCGGGUCGGGCCCUGUGUCAGCAGCCGAGCGGGCGCUCGGGCGGGACAUGGCAGCCUGUGCGGCCCGGCGGGCCCUGGCCGUGGGCAGCCGCUGGUGGUCUCGGUCACUGACCGCGGCCCGAGGGUCGAGGCCGCUCUGUGCGGUGGGUGGAGCGGGGGCUUUUCAACCAGUGACGAGUACGACGACGCGAAGGCAUCUCUCGUCCCGAAACCGAGCAGAGGGCAAAGUAUUGGAGACAGUCGGUGUGUUUGAGGUGCCAAAACAGAAUGGAAAAUAUGAGACCGGGCAGCUUUUCCUUCACAGUGUUUUUGGCUACCGAGGUGUCGUCCUGUUUCCCUGGCAGGCCAGACUUUAUGACCGUGAUGUGGCUUCUGCAGCCCCAGAAAAAGCAGAGAAUCCCGCCGGCCAUGGCUCUAAAGAGGUGAAAGGCAAAACUCACACUUACUAUCAGGUGCUGAUUGAUGCCCGAGACUGUCCACAUAUAUCUCAGAGAUCUCAGACAGAAGCUGUGACCUUCCUGGCUAACCAUGAUGACAGCCGGGCUCUGUAUGCCAUCCCAGGCCUGGACUAUGUCAGCCAUGAAGACAUCCUCCCCUACACCUCCACCGAUCAGGUUCCCAUUCAACACGAGCUUUUUGAAAGAUUUCUUCUGUAUGACCAGACAAAAGCACCCCCUUUUGUGGCUCGAGAAACACUACGGGCCUGGCAAGAGAAGAAUCACCCUUGGCUAGAGCUCUCCGAUGUUCACCGGGAAACAACUGAGAACAUCCGUGUUACUGUCAUCCCCUUCUACAUGGGCAUGAGGGAAGCCCAGAAUUCCCACGUCUACUGGUGGCGCUACUGUAUCCGCUUGGAGAACCUGGACAGUGAUGUGGUACAGCUUCGGGAGCGGCACUGGAGGAUAUUCAGUCUUUCAGGCACCUUGGAGACCGUGAGAGGCCGAGGGGUGGUGGGCAGGGAACCAGUGUUAUCCAAGGAGCAGCCUGCAUUCCAGUAUAGCAGCCACGUCUCCCUGCAAGCUUCUAGCGGGCACAUGUGGGGCACGUUCCGCUUUGAGAGACCUGAUGGCUCCCAUUUUGAUGUCCGGAUUCCACCCUUCUCCCUGGAAAGCAAUAAAGAUGAGAAGACACCACCCUCAGGCCUUCACUGGUAGCCAGCUGAGGCCCUGGGUGCCCAUGCUUGGCCGUUCAGAACAGCUCUCAACCCACAAUUGCUGCAGAACUCCAAUCUCUCCCCAUCAUGAGCCACAAUGGGUCUCUUAAUCCUUUGCACCAUUUAAUUAUGGGCCUCUUUUUUGGGGGGCAGGGGUUGUAAAUGUUUUCUUUGGAAGACCCAUAAGGACUACUCCAAGGCUAGCCUCCUCCUAAGCCCUACCUAUAUCAUGUUCCAGCAAAUCUUCCCACCAAGGAACUGUUCAACAGCCACAGGCCUCAGGGAGUUUCCUGGCCUGUCACACUGUCUGGAAUGUGAGGUUGGUCAAUAAACCAGUGCAUGCUUG